AUUCCCACACCCACAUCGCCAUAUAUCGGUGCUUCUCGCCCACCAGCCUCCUCUCUAUACACCCCCAACUCUCCGGGAUCUUUCCACCUACCUAUUCUACCUGCUCGUCAAUCUCUUGUACGACAGCGUCCAGACCAACUAGCAUGGCCGACCAACCUCGUCGGGCCCGCAAUCGCCCUGACAGCAAGCAGAUGUGGGAUGAGUCCGAUCGCCGCAACCGUCACGGCGCAAAUCCCCCUGCUGCGCGCGACAGCGGUAAGGGUAAGAAAAACGAGCGUGAACGCGACCGCGACCGCGACGCCGGCCGCGAUCGAGACUGGGAGAGGGACCGAGGGGAGGGCCAGCGCGAGCGAAAUGGUCGCUAUCGAUCGAGGUCCAGAUCGCCCCGCAGGGAUCGAGAUCGCCAUGACGGACGUCGCGACCGCAGGGAUCGCGACAGGCCGCGGGAUAGCGAGAGGGCGCGGCCCCCCAGGGGGGAUGACCGCCCACGUGGGAAGGGGAGGGAUGUCGCGCGUCGAGACGACGAACGCGAGAACCGGCCGAGGCAACGCGAUGACGAGGCCAGAGGACGUGACCCAAGUCCCCGGCGCUCCGCCUCGCCAGCCCGAAGCCCCCCCCGGAAAUUCGACCGUAGCACGCACAACGACUCGCCACUCCCGACCCGGCCCCGACCCAGUGGCAGCAGUGGAACAGGCGCGGCCGGUGGAGGUGCGUCUCUCUCAUUCAAAGUCGGAAAGCACGACAACGAAAGAAAAGGAGACGAUCAAGGAAGAGGGAGGGGAGGGUCGUCGGAUAACACCGAAGAUGACAGGAGAAGGAGAAGAAGGAGUGGCGACGGCGACGACGACGACGACAUGCUAGGCGGUGAUGCCAUGGAUGAGGAUGAGGAUGGCAACGAGGACGAUGUAAUAGUGGAGGACGACGGGCUGAGCGCCAUGCAAGCCAUGAUGGGUUUUGGUGGCUUCGGCACGACGAAGGGCACCCACAUCCUGGGGAACAACGCCGGCGCCGUGCGCAAGGAGAAGAAGACCGAGUACCGGCAGUACAUGAAUCGCGUCGGUGGCUUCAACCGGCCGCUAAGUCCGACGCGAUAGCCACUUUUCACAUCGUGCUUAUACCUUCCUCAAAGGCGGGCGUCGCGUCAGGGUCUCAUGGUGGGUGUCGUCAAAAGAGCAGGGAAUGCGAAUUCAAGUCCCACUAGGAACUGAGGUCGGGCACCCUUGUUGUU